AUGCCAGAUUGUAAUAACAGUGUCCUUACAAAACUGCUCGAGCGACUUAGUAUCGUUCAUAUGCCUAGGAAUAAGAUUCACGUUCGCCUCAACGCUCAUGUUUAUGAGCUUCUCCACCACGUCCUGAUCGAGCUGCGUGUAGCUGGCAAAGUGCUUCGUCAUCAGCAUUUUCUUGAUCGUCCGUAUGCCGUCCACGCAACGCUCCACGUCCUCCGGGUGGCUGAAGUAGUUGAAGGUGAUGGAAGGGUUAUCGUCCACAUUGGUGUUGAGGAGGGAGAUUUGACCUUUCGAACGAGGGCUCGCGAUUUUCUCGAGUAUGAAGCCGCCCUUGAAGGCCUCGCGCGGGAGGCUUCUCUUUUGUUUGCGCCGAAGCAAUUCCGUGAUCACAAUGUAUACUAUCAGAUGACUGUCCAAAACCACUGCUUGCCUCAAUGUACACUCCAAGCUUCGCGUUUUACUCGGCACGAAUAUUGUGUUGAGGGGGUUAUCCGCCAUUUCCUUUCCCACAUGCUCAUUAUCAAGAACGACUGGAAUACCAAAUUUCUCGAGCUCGGCUUUUGGGCCAAUGCCGCUAAGAAGCAAAAGGUGAGGGCUCCCAAUCGCACCAGACGAGACUAUGAUCUCACUCCCAACUCUAUUCGAGAGAUACGCUUUAUGCAUAUUUCCUUUUUCGUCCUUGAAUGUGACUCCAAUUGCCCGAGGCUUUUCUCCUGUAGUUAA